AUGUUAAGUCGAUUGCAACAAGUGUUUGAUGCAUUGAAAGGGGCAAAAUUAACACUCAAAUUAAGUAAGUGUUAUUUUGGCUACCCGGAGGUAGCAUACUUAGGGUUCAUGCUGUUAGUGGAAGGAGUGCGACCAGGUGAACAAAAGAUUAUGGCAUUUAAGGAGUUCCCAAAGCCGAACAACACGCAUGAAGUACGUAGAUUCCUCGGUUUGUGUGGGUUCUUCCGAAGAUUUAUUCCACGUUAUGCACAACCUAUGAGCGAUUUACUAAAAGAUAGUGUCCCAUUCGUGUGGACAACGUCACAAGAAAGAAGGUACGUUUAA